AUUUGAGAACAACCCAUGAUGAAAUGAGCUCUGUUUUCAUCUAGAAGUCAGACUCCUCCUACACACAGUCCUGCAGUAGGAAAUCACAUGGAGGUGCAGAGUACUCACAUGACAGUGUGAGGAUGGAAGGGGAGCUCAAUGAAGGAUCUGUCCCUCCUUAUUAUAGGGAAGUCCACCAAGCUCUCUGUAGUAGGACGGACGAACGGGUAUCGAUCGAUGUCUUCCAAAGACUCCUCAACAGGACUGAUCUCUCAGUCUCCGUACACAGCCAGAUAACAGAGCAUGUAGAUAAAAGAGAUGGUUUUCUAAGUAAGGUGUCUCUCUAUAAAGCCCUGGCUCUGAUAGCGCUUGCUCAACAAGGCAAGCAGCCGAGCCCCAAACUCUUGGAGAACUGCAUACAAGAGUUUCCUAAACCCCAGCUGGGAGACCCAAAGGAUUUGCAUACCCUGAGAUCAUCUCCAGCUCAGGAGAACCCUCUUCUCAUGUCUCUGUCACUGACCAACCUGCUGAGCAAAGACACCAUCAAGGUGGAGCUCAUCCCUGAGAAGAAAGGCCUGUUCCUCAAACAUGUGGAGUAUCAGAUCACCAGUGAGCGCUUCAAAAUUUCCGUCUAUCGGCGUUACAGCGACUUUGAUGUCUUCCAUGAGCUUUUGCUACAGAGGUAUGCCUACAGAAUGGUGCCUGCCCUACCACCCAAAAGAGUGCUUAAAGGAGUAUUGAAGUCAAUGUCAGAGAAAGAUUUCAUCGAAGGACGGCGGCGUGGUUUGGCUAGAUUUUUGAACCUUGUUGCCAGACAUCCCUUUAUCUCCGAGGACGAGCUUGUUAAAGUAUUUCUCACGUUUAAUGGCUCGGAUAUCCAAAUAAAGCUGCGGGAUGCUUUUAAGAAAAUGGGAGACGAGUUUAUGACAUACAAAUACGCUACACAAGCCAAGGAAUACCUCCCUUCCGAUUUCCAGGCCCUGUUCACUUUGUGCCGGGAGCUGAUCAGAAAUAUCCACAACAGCUUUCUGAGGCUGAGGGACCGAGCAGAGAGAAUGGCAGAGCGUUCAAAGGAGAACGCCACAGAUCUGCUCAUGUUCGGGACGGAGCUAAGUACACUGGGUUGUGAUCCCUCACCCGUGCCUGCGCUGGACUCCUCUAAGAGCAUGUGGGCUGACUUGAGACUCUCUCUCCGUGGGAUUUCCUCUGAAUUCUCGAUGUUAUCAGACAAAGCUGCCCAACAGGGAAGAAGAGAAGAGGAUGAUGUGGUAGAGAAAAUGAACUUCUUCCUGGAUUUGCUGCAGUCGUACAGGGAUUUGUGUGAGCGUCAUGAGAAGGGUGUUCUGCAUGAGCACCAGAAGGCUCUACAGAAGUACAGCGUGAUGAAGAGACAGAUGAUGAGUGCAACUGUGCAGCCAAAAGAACAGGUGUCUGUGGAGCAGCUGGAGUCCCGCAUCAUCCAGGAGAACGCGAUUCAAACGAUGGAGCUGCGAAACUACUUCUCGCUGUUCUGUGUGCAUCAGGAAAGCCAGCUGAUCUUUGCCUACCUUCCCAUCACCUCACACAUCCUCGGGGCCUUCGUCAGUUCACAAGUGCAGAGUCACAGAGAGAUGGGCCAGGUUUGGAACAAUCUUCAAUCUAAGCUGGGUGGACUUUUUGCAGACAGAAACGGAUGCCAGUCUCCUCCUCUCACGCCAAAAUAGCCUAAAUGUUGUGCUUAGAAAAAAAGGAAAUGGAAACGUUGGGCUGCCAAAUAUGCUUCAAGACACUGUUCUUUUCUUUGGGUUUCUCUCUCUCUCUCUCUCUCUCUCUCUCUCUCUCUCUCUCUCUCUCUCUCUCUCUCUCUCUUCAACUCUCUGUUACUUUCUGUGCUUCUCAGUUCCGUGUCUUUUUCUUUUAUCGCUAGUGCUUCAUGCUGAUCUUGACGACAAAAUAACACCAUCAUAUUUUUAAUAAAAUUAAUAACUUUGUAAGGUAACAUAAACGAAAAGGAUUUUUUUAAAACAUAGUUGUUGGAUGCUUGCCAUAUAGGUCAUCAUAAGCUAAUUUUAAGUAAACCUUUGUACAUAAUCAUACUCUGUAUAAUACGUUUACAGCCAGAAGAUGGCAGUAUUGUUGCGAGAGAUGAUAAACAAACCAGAGGCACAACUAACUCUAUUUUAUUUCAUAGUUGCAAAGACUGAGCCCAAAAUCUAGAAUACUUAAAAGGGCCUUUCACAUUGUGGUUAACCCUGAGUUAUUGUCCCUCUAAUCCCCACUUUUAACCCCAGGUGGAGGAAAGUUUCACACGUAUAUUUUAGAAUCAGGGUUAGUAUGGAUUUUUACCCGGGGUUAUGAAACACCGAACUGAAGAUUUCACCACACGUUGUGGUGUGAAAUGAUGAGGUGAUAAAAUCUUACUUUUUAGAUCCUGAGCAACAGGCAACUGAACAGAACCUGCCUCAUAUCACACGGAAACUAACAUGUAACACCAAUUAACAAAAACUGCUCUGUAAAUAGCAUCAGGCAGGAAAAGACUGAAAAUUACAGAAGUGCACACCGUAGCGAUUAGGAAGUAGGCCGAGAACGUGUCUGGUUAAUUACACAAGAAAAUUUAAACGAGCUAAAUACAUUAGAAAGAUGUGAACGAUAACGAUACCUGCUCAGGGGCAGAACGGCAGUCCUGCGGUCACGCGCUAUGUUUAUACAGUCAGGGUUGUUGAUGUGGCAAAUAAGAAGAAGGUUGCAGGAGGGUUUAUGUACAGAGUACAGUGUAAAACGUCAGAUUAUAAAGAGCCAGGAUUCAUUGUUAAUCCCGGUUAAAGUAUAUGCUGUGCGAAAACUCAAACAUAAGCCAGGAUUCUGUUCAUCCACAGUUUACAAUCACCUGUGUGAAAAACCCUACAGUCAACAUUAAGGAUCUGCUCAGAAGAAACCGACGUCUGAAGAAUACACCAAAGAUUGUUUGAUUGUUUUCUUAUAGCAUAAAGAAAUGCUUAGCAUAGUAUGUCUCAGGUGAACAUGUGAAGCAAACUAAAAGAAACAAAUCGCUAUCAAAUGUUUAUUAACUUAAAGAGAAAUAUAGAUAUUCUAUACCAGUAGUUUUUACUUGUAUGUUAUCUAACAGACCGUGUAUGUGUUAUAUACUAGUGUGGCCUUUUAUCUUGCAGUAUCCUGAUUCGUUCAUAGAAGCCAUGAUUUAUACGGAUUUUACAUUUAUCACGUGCUCUAGAUUCCCCUCUGCUGGUAUUAUGGGCAAAUUACAUCUUAUUUCUUAUUGAACAAUAUGCUGGGCACGUGCGUGCACAUUUAUUCAGCUGCCUCUGUGUUGUUAUUAACAUAUGUACAUUUAUGCUUAUCAGUAAUAAAGCAGGAGAUUUAAAUGA